UCGCAUGGCUCCUCCCACGAUCGUAUUGCCAACACCUUGACCAAAAAAAACCUAUGCCAGUAUGUGCUUAUGCCCAUUUAUAAUGCAUACAUGCAUGCAUAUGUAUUUCUAUACAACUAUGUCUCUGUCAUACGAUGUGCAAGUGUCAUUUAAUAUGUAAAAACACUAUAUUUAUAUGCCCGAAUGCAAGAGCAUCACAUGAGAACACUGUUAGCUUUGGCCAGUUUGACUGUAAUUCCGUCUCACAUAAACGAGAUUACCUUUUAGCUGAAAUACGCUAAUACUGUAUUUAAAAUAAAGGAAAGCAUGCAUAUGCAAAUUUUGUAUCAUGUUAAUUUAUGUACGUUCACUUUACACCCUUGGUUCAAGAUAUAUGCCCUUCAAAGGAUAUUGUAAUUUAUAACAACAUCAGGUUUUAGUAGCCCAAUAACUGGCGCCAGACUUCAGACAUGGAGCCAGCAGUUGGGCCAGACAACUUUACAUCGAAGUCCCAUGUGGUGGAUGAAGAAGGAGAAGUAAUUGUGAUCAGCGAAGACCGUGUGGUGGAUGAUACCUACCGUGUGGAUGGCUUUGAGAUCCACGAUUUUGUGAAACAAAAGGACUGUGUAACAUUUAGGACAAAUGUUAAAAGUGAAGAGGACUUUGAACGCUGGAAAAAUGCAUUUUUCCUAAAGAAUAAUGUGUGCUUCAAUUCAUUCAAGAUGUUCUCUGUAGGAAAAAUGAAAUUAUUUCGCCAACAACUGAUGUGUCACCAUGGCAAAGAGACCCACGCGGGCAUCAAGAAGACCUACACAGGUUGCAAGGUGUUCAUGGAUGCUACCAUCCGGUUGGUUCAUGCAAGAUCUCCUGAAGAUAUAAGAAGUUUUCCAUGCUUCAUGAAGAUUACUGGACAGCAUAACCAAUUAGAUACAGAUGAU